GAACACUCUGGAGCAACUUGGCGCAUCAUCAUCACCAUCAUCAGCAUCAUCUGUACGCUGGAAAAUAUUUGAACCGAACUGAGAAAAAUAUGAGUUUAUUUUAUCAUCACUUCUGCUGAUGUUGCUGCAUUUUCACCGGGGACAACGGAGAAGAAUCAUUUUUACACUUGUGCGUAAAAGUGUUUUCGAUUGAAUGAUCAACUGACUGGAGAGAAAAUCUGCUUCAUGUUUUUACUGAUAUUUUCCUUUUGCGCACUGGAUGGACUCUGCGCUCUGCACUUCACGCACCAAAACGGAUUUAGGAGUUAAUAAGAGACACUGAGCGCUCUCUCCUGCAGCAGGGAACUUUGUUCUCUCCGCUAAGAAAUAUUUUUUGCGCGUAAUUUCCUUUGACACUGGAUCACUAAGAGACAGAUCCGCUUUGUGGCUCUCGCGGACACUUUGCUGUCUUCUCCAACUGAAACGGGUUUGAUGGAAACAUGACCAAAGCUGCAACCGGACCGGUUCCCCUGCACAACCUCCUCCUCCACCUGCUCCCGCUGCUGCUGCUGCUGCUGCUUCAUGCCUCACCGGUGUGUCUGUCCGCGCAGCCCGGGCAUCCGGCGCGCUACUUCGGACAAAUAGCCGAGAACUCCCCAGCUGGGACGCCGGUGGACGGAGUGGUGCUACCGGUCGGAGCCGGCGGCUGCCCCGGCGCGGACUUGAAUGCCAGCCUGACGGGGGAUUACGCGUCGGAUUUUAGGCUCGUUCACUACCGCGGGUACCGGGACCAUCGGGGGCACCUGGGUUUGGUCUCCGCUAAAGCUCUGGACCGGGAGUUUAUAGCGAUGUACGAGUUGACGGUGCAGUUGCCGGCGAGGUGUCUGAGGAGACCGGUCGCCGUCCAGGUUGAAGUGUCGGACAGGAACGAUAACAUCCCCCGGUUCACCAGCGGGAACCAGACGGCUGAAGUGCACGAGCUGACGCCGCUCGGUACCGAGGUGGCUCGCUUUGACGCCAAGGACGGCGACGCGGAGAGAAACGGACGCGUCACUUUUUACGCGUCACCGGAGUCUCACCUGCUCCACGUGGUUCCACAGACCGGGCAGGUGAGGCUGGUCGGGUCCCUCCUGGGUGUCAGCCAGGUGACCCUGCGCCUUUACGUGAAUGACGGCGGAGAUGUGGCGCUGAUAGGCGGCCCGGUGUUCCUGCGCGUCAACGUCCGCCGCUCCAGCAGAGCGCUGCGGAGGCCCCGGGCUCUGACCGAGGAGCUGACCUACACCGUGACCGUCCCGGACCACGUCAGAGUCGGGGACCUGGUGUUCACGGUGCCGGACCAGAAGUUCGAGCAGCGGUGGUUCGAGGUGAUGUCCGAGGCGGACUCUCCGGUCCAGAUCGAGCGGGACUCGGGGCGCCUGUACCUGGCGCGCAGCCUGCGGGAGCCCGCAGAGGUGGUGGUGAAGAUCCAGAACCUCCGAGCUGACGAGUGGUACCUGUGCAGGUUGACUCUGAGCAUGCCCAGCCAGGCUGACCUGCAGUGGGCCAUGUUUCCCUCGCCUUACCUGGGCGCCGUGGGUCCUGACGCCACGCCCGGCUCUGCAGUGUACCAGCUGUCGGCACGGCAACGAGACGGGACACCUGGACAAGCACAGUACCUCCUACUGGAUGGUGGGGAGGAGUGCUUUGAGGUGGACCGUCGCUCCGGUGAGAUCAGGACCACAGGACGACCUCUGACCCCCAGUAAGGAGUACCUGCUGCGGGUGCAGGCGAUGGACGGGAGUGGACGUAAAGGCUCGCCGACUACAGUGGCCAUCCUGGCCGGCUACCGACCGCCGCAGUUCACCAAUGUCACUUACAGCCUGAACGUACCGGAGAACACAGCUGUGGGCCAACCCGUGUCACUGGUUCAGGCCAUGUCCUUCCAGAAGAAGAGUCUGUCCUACAUGCUGCUGGUGAAUCCUGGGAAUCUGUUCAGCAUCAACCAGGAGAGCGGAGCGCUCAGCCUCACCAGGACCGUCGACUACGAGAGCGGACACAACCUGCACACCCUGCAGGUCCGCGCCUCCGAGCCCGACACGGGCCUCAGCAGCGUGGCAGAGGUGGUCGUCCACAUCACGGAUGAAAACGACUGCACGCCAGAGUUCCUCCACUCCAUCUACACCAGAGACAACGUACCUGAGAGUGUCGCACCUGGAACCUCCCUGCUUCAAGUUCUGGCCCGGGACUGCGACUCAGGUGUGAACUCUGAGCUCUCUUACUUUGUUCACGGCGGCGACUUUGACAUCACAUCAGGUGGCGUGGUCAGCCCUGCCCGUCGCCUGGACUACGAGCGACCCAAUCACAUCUACGAGUUCGUGGUGGUUGCGGUGGACGCAGGGACGCCCCCCCGCACCGGCACCGCCUCUGUCCGCAUCCGAGUCGCCAAUAGCAACGACGAGGCGCCCGUCUUCUCCCAGAGCGCUUACAAGACCUUCCUCAGUGAGGAUGCUGGUCCGGACACGCUGGUUGCCAUCGUUCACGCCAACGACCCGGACGGAGACGCCGUCUCUUAUGCCAUUACUGGAGGCAACGAGGACAGCAACUUCCUGCUGGACAACCAGAAGGGUAUCAUCAAGUUGCGGAGGAGUCCCCCUCCGAGGCUCAGGGGGCCACAGUAUGUUCUCAACAUCACCGCCACAGACGACAACGUGUCUGGUGGACCGUACCCGCUCAGUAGCUCUGCCCAGGUCAUCGUAGGAAUCAACGACAUCAACAACAACAAACCCGUCUUCCAGGAGUGUCAGAACUACAGUGUGAACGCGGUGGUUCUGGAGAACCAGCCACCAGGGACAUUUGUCCUGCGUGUCCAGGCCCAUGACGCUGACAUGGGGGUCAACGGAGAGGUCAAAUAUGGCAUCAUGCACAGAGACGGAGUGUCGUCCGGGUUCGACAUCAAUCCUGACACCGGUGUGAUCACCACGACAGUGAGUUUCGAUCGGGAGCGUCAGAGGGAGUACACGCUGUCGGUGACAGCCACAGAUCAGGCCGAGGAGCCGCUCAUCGGGAUCUGUCAGAUCACCGUCCUCAUUGCCGACCAGAAUGACAACGACCCGAAGUUUGAAAACAGCCGCUACCAGUACUUCCUGCGGGAGGACACUCCAGUAGGAACUAGCUUCCUGCGAGCGGCAGCGCACGAUGACGACCAAGGGAGCAACGCGGCCAUCACCUACUCCCUGUCCAGUCAGAAGCCAGCGUACCUGCACAUCAACCCCAGUACUGGCUGGAUUUACGUCAACCACCCCAUCUCACAGACGUCCAGGAUCAACCAGCAGAUCGUGGCGUCAGACGGAGGGAACCGCAGCAGCUCUGUGGAGCUGACGGUCAUCAUUACAAAUGUCCACAACCAGCCACCGCACUGGGAGCAGCCUGAGUACUGGGUCACCGUGCCAGAAAACACUGUACGAGACGCCAAGAUAGUGACCAUCAAGGCGACGUCCCCACUCGGUGACCCCCGGGUGACCUACAACCUGGAGGAGGGUCAGGUGCCGGAGACCAACAUGCCAGUGCGUUUCUACAUCAAGCCGAACCGGGCGGACAGCUCGGCGUCCAUCCUGGUGGCUGAGAAUCUGGACUACGAGACCACACGGUUCUUCACGCUCAGGGUGCGGGUCCAGAACGUGGCCGCCGUGCCGCUUGCGUCGUUCACCACCGUCUAUGUUAACGUGACAGACGUGAACGACAACGUUCCUUUCUUCCUGUCGUCCACCUACGAGGCCACGGUCCCAGAGGGAGCCGAGAUCGGCACGUCAGUGGCUCAGGUGUCGGCCACAGACCUGGACUCUGGUCUGCACGGGAGGAUCCACUACGUGAUCCUGAAGGACGAGAGUGGGGACUCUCAGUUCUUUGACAUCGACUCGCGCAGCGGCACCAUCGUCACUCGAGCCUCCUUCGACCGCGAGCAGAAAGCCUCCUACCUGAUCGAGGUCCAGUCACAGGAUGGCUCCGAAUCGGCCAGACCAGGCCAGCAGGGACAACCUAACACAGACACGGCGUACGUCAGGAUCUUUAUCACCGAUGUCAACGACAACGCCCCGGCGUUUGCCCGGCCAGUGUAUGAGGUGAGCGUGGAGGAAGACAAGGAGGUCGGCUUCGUCCUCAUCACCGUCACCGCCAACGACGAGGACGAGGGUGCCAACGCCAAGCUGCGCUACCAGAUCACCUCAGGAAACACGAUGGGCACCUUCGACGUGGAGCCCGAGGUGGGCACCAUCUUCGUGGCUCAGCCGCUCGACUACGAGAUGGAACAGCGCUUUGAGCUGCGGCUGGUGGCCUCCGAUGGGAAGUGGGAGAAUGAGACACUGGUGGUGGUUCAGGUGGUCAACCGCAACGACGAGGCGCCUGUCUUCAGCCAGACGGAGUACCACGCCGCCGUGACAGAGGAGCUCACACAGCUUCCUGUUUUCAUGCUGGAGGUGUCGGCCACAGAUCCAGACCAAGAGGCCGACCAGACUGCCCUGCGCUACUCCCUCCAUGGCCAGGGUGCCGGCGGUGAGUUCACCAUUGAUGAGCGCACAGGAAGAAUCUAUGCCCAACGGCGCCUAGACCGUGAAGAGCGCCCAGCCUGGAGAUUCCUCGUCCUCGCCACAGACGAGGGAGGGGCAGGACUCACGGGAUUUGCUGAUGUGCUGUUAGAGGUCCGAGACGUCAACGACAAUGCACCCUUCUUCCCCUGCCCGGCACUGGAAGUGGACGGAUGUUUUGUUGGCCAAGUGCCUGAGAAUUCACCUGCCGACACUUCCGUCAUGGAGAUGCGCGCCAUGGACCUGGACGACCCCAAUGAGGGCAAGAACGCCAUGCUGACCUACAGCAUUAUCAAGAACGUCCGUAAUGAGAUUAACCUCAAUCUGUUCUCCAUCAACGCCAGCACAGGGACCAUCUACACGGUUCUACGUUCCCUGGACCGGGAGGCAGAGGACCGGUAUCUGGUGGUGGUGGAGGCCAGGGAUGGAGGGGGUUUAGCGGGAACAGGGACAGCCACCAUCAUGGUUUCAGAUGUCAACGAUCAUCCACCAGUGUUCACUCAGAGGGUCUACACCACGCAGGUGACGGAGGACCUGGAGGUGAACAGCGAGGUUCUUGUAGUUUCUGCCACAGACGGAGAUGAGGGUGAGAACGCUGUGGUAACCUUCAGCAUCGUUGGUGGUGACGAGGACAGGAAGUUCUUUGUGGAGACAGACAAAGUGAACAGACGUGGUGUGAUAAAACUCAAGAAGAAGGUUGACUUUGAAAAGCCCCGUGAGAGGACUUUCAAUCUGACGCUGAAGGCUGAAGAUGCUGAUUUCUUCAGCCUGGCCUACUGUCUUGUUCAAGUGGAGGACGCCAAUGACCACGCCCCCGUAUUUUUCCCACAGUUCUACGAGUCACCAGCCAUGUCCGAAGACGUACCUGUGGGGACAAUUGUUGCUCAGGUUACAGCUUCGGAUCUGGACUCGGGCCAAAACGGACGCUUUUCUUACAGUAUUUCAAAAGAGUCGGACCCCUACAGUCAGUUUCUGGUGGACCAGUCCGGUUGGGUGGUCGUGGCUGAUUCUCUGGAUAGGGAGAAAAUCUCUCAGCACAGGAUCAUGGUCCUCGCUACAGAUGCUGGGAGUCCACCAAUGACCGGCUCUGCCAUUGUCAUGGUGACUGUACUUGAUGUUAACGAUAACGGGCCGGAGUUCGAGGUCUCCUAUAAACCAGUCGUUUGGGAGAACACGGCAGCUCCCCAGGCGGUUCAAAUGAACGAAACAUCUCUGCUCCUCCAUGCCACCGACCGAGACACCUCCCCCAACAGCGGGCCAUUCUCCAUACGGCUGCUCAUGCUCACUUCAGACGCCACCAACUUCAAUUUGACGGACUUUCGUAAUGGCAGCGCAGGCAUCACCGCCCUCCGGACCUUCGACCGUGAGAGGCAGAAGGAGUACCGCCUCCCGAUUCUUAUGAUUGACAGCGGCUCUCCUCCAAUGAGCUCCACCAGCACGCUGACAGUCGUCAUUGGUGACAGGAAUGACCACCCUCACUCACCAGGACACACUAACUUCAUCGUCUACAGUUAUGAACGUAUUCUCCCGACGACGGUGCUCGGACAAGUUCAAUCCCCCGACCUUGAUGACUGGAGUGAGAAGGUGUACCGGUUCGAAGGCAAACCAUCCAGGUUGUUCAGUCUGAACCAGAGCUCAGGUCAGCUCACUAUCAAGGAGGGGGCUCCUCCAGGCUCGUACCACCUGCAGGUGCGCGUGUCGGACCACAUCUGGCCCGACGUCACCUCCACGGCUCAGGUGGAAGUCAGAGAACUGCAGCAGGACGCCCUGAAAAAUGCCGCCUCCAUUCGCAUGAACAACCUGACGGUGGAGGAGUUUUUCAGCAGCAGUGGAGGUGAGGAGAGUCGAUACUCACGGCUGAGUCACAUAUUGGCCGAACUCCUGCAGACUUUGCCAGAAAAUGUCCAGAUCUUCUCUGCGGGUGACGCCGGCCAGCGGGAGGAGAGGGCGCUCAACGUGUGGUUUUCUGCUCACGGCUCGCCGUACUACAAGGCGGAGAAGCUGCACGGUUACGUGGCCGCAAACAAAGCCAAGUUGGAGGCCAUGUUGGGUGUGACCAUCUCUCAGGUGGGCAUUGAUGAAUGUCCCAACACAGACUGCAGUCAGUCUGGUGGCUGCAGCAGCGAGGUUUCAUUCAGCCAGGCCCCGGUGGCUCUCAGCACAGGAAACACCUCUCUGGUGUCUCUAUCAGCCUCAUCAACAGCACGAUGCGGCUGCCGAGGCCGAGAGGCGAUCCACCUGACCUGCUCCGCCUACCCCACCAACCCCUGCCUCAACGGGGGCACCUGCCAGGAUGGAGCGCUGGGAUACAGGUGUAAAUGUCCUCCCAUGUUCGACGGCCCUGAGUGCCAGCAGACCAAACACAGCUUCGGUGGCCAGGGCUACGCUUGGUUCCCUCCCAUCAUGCCUUGCUUCCAGAGCCUCAUCUCCCUGGAGUUCCUGGCUGAGUCGGCGAAUGGGCUGCUCCUUUACAACGGGCCGCUCGGCCCCGCCCACUCGGGGGAGCAGGAGGACUUCAUCGCCAUAGAGUUGAGAAACGGGGUUCCAGCUCUGAGUAUAAACCACGGAUCAGGAACACUGACCUUGCAGCUGCCGCCGAAAUCCACCGUCACUGACCGGCGCUGGCAUCGCCUUGAUAUCAUCAGCGACGGAAAGGUCGUCCAGCUGAUCCUGGACCAGUGUGGCGGCUUGGCAGUGAAUGAGUUGGAGGGUGUCGGAGGGGACGCUCAGGAGCUGGACGAGUCAGGCUGCAGAGCUUCAGGAGAGACGCCUGGAAACCAGAGGUAUCUGAAUGUCUUCCAGCCUCUUCAGUUGGGAGGAAUGAAGGAAACAUCCCCUCAUCGACGUUACCGCAGUUUCACCGGCUGCAUCCGCAACCUGGUGGUCGACAGUCAGGUGUACGACCUGGCAUCUCCAGGUGAGAGUGUGGACAGCGCCCCGGGGUGCAGGCUGACUGAUGGGGUGUGUGUGACGGCGGCCGGUCCCUCCUGCGGUGUUCACGCUUCCUGCCUCGCUGAUUGGGGCUCCUUCAGCUGCGAGUGCCACCCAGGAUACACCGGGCACAAGUGUGACAAAGCCGUCCCAGAGUUCUCCUUCGACUCGGGCAGCAUUGUGCGUUAUCAGCUCCGAGGAGGCGGCAGCUCUCGUCGUACAAACGUCCAGCUGCUGCUCCGGACCAGAGCCACCUCGGGCACCCUGCUCUCCGUGAUGUCCCGGGAGGCCAACGAGUAUAUCAUCCUGGAGAUCAUGGAGGGUCACCUCUCCGUCCGUGCCAACCUCGGGGACGGUGCCCACGCUCUGCGCCUCCCCGGCCAGCGGGUGGACAUCGGGCAGUGGGUGCUGGUCAGCCUGAGUCGCCACGACAACUUGUUCACCCUGCGGCUGGAGCAGGGCGGGGGCUCGCGGGAGGUCCAGGCUCGGCUGGGGAGCCGCCGGGAGAUUGUGAUUCACCCGGCCAGCGUGAUGGUCGGCAACAGCCUGAAUGCUGGAGACAGGGCCGACUUUCAGGGCUGUCUGCAGGACGUUCGUUUCAACGCUCAGAUCCUGCCUCUGGACGGGCUGAGCCGGGACUUGGUGACGGUGCUGGAGAGGCGGGGCGUUUCCUCGGGGUGCUCUAGCAACGCCUGCAGCAGCCAACCGUGCAGCAGCCCUCUACGCUGCAUCGACCUGUGGAGGAAACACCAGUGCAAGUGCCCCGGCGGUCAGGUGACGGUGACAGAUGAUUCUGGUCAGCAGCGUUGCGUGCCGUCGCCCUGUGGACCCUCCUCCUGCCGUAACGGCGGCAUCUGCCAGGCGCUGUCUCCUGACAGCUACCGGUGCCGGUGUCAGGAGGGGUUCAGGGGUCAGCGCUGUGAGCUGGGGCAGGUCAAAGGUCACCGGCUGGCCGCCCUCAGCCCCAGCUCCAUACUCGCCAUCAGCAUGUGUCUGCUCGUCUUCUUCGCGGUGCUGGUGGCGGUGACAGUGUGGAACCAGAAAGGCAGCCGUAACAAGUUCAGGAAGCGAGGAGUUUACCACAUCCCCGCUGAACAUGAGAGCUGGGAGGACAUCCGAGAAAACAUCCUCAACUACAACGAGGAGGGAGGGGGGGAGCAGGACCAGAACGGAUAUGACAUCACAGAGUUGAAGCGUCCGCUGUGCUCCAGUCUGUCCCAGUCCUCGUCCUGCACCACCGCCCCGCUCAUCAAAUCCUCACCCGGCUCCCAGGAGGAAGUUCACCCGUCCGGCUCCUCCUGCAGCUCAGGUGCUCCCUACCUCAGCAUCCCGCAUCAUCACCACCACCACUAUCAGCAUGCCACCACCAACGGCUACACCAGCGACGCCACCUACGCUAACUUCACCACUAACGUAGGCAGGGACACAGAGGCAGGCGACGGUUAUGUGGACGUCCCGUCGGGGUCGCGCUCUCACGUGGACUUUAAAAGCUACGUGGCACGAAUCAUCUGGGAGGCAGACAACGACGGCGAGGCGCUGCCGCCGGACGCCUACCACGUCUGGUGUGUGGAGGGCUCGGGGUCGUCAGCAGGAAGCCUCAGCUCACUGGGGUCAGCCGCGUCACGUAGAAACAUUGUCACCGCCCCUGGUGAUGAGGAUGAGGAGGAGGAGGAAGAAGAUGAAGGAGGGUUUGUUUACGACACGCUGUCGCGGUGGGGCCCCAAGUUCCAGGCGCUGAGCGAGAUGUACGACCGGCCCCAGCUGGCGCUCACAUACAGGGACGCAGUGGCAUACAUACAGAGGAGCCACAGCCACGACCCCCUGCCUCAUCACCACUAGGGGGCGCUACACAGAGUUAAUGCAGAGUGGGAGGAGCUAAGUGCUGCGUUCACAUCCAAUUUGAAACCAAAAACAAAAACAGUCUCAGAACAAUAUCACAACAGUAAAUAUGUGUCUGACAUAAAUGAAAUGAUCAUAUUGAUGCUCUUGUUUUAAACAUUUUAUAAUAAUUUAAUCAAUAAUUUGACUUUUAGAAAUAAAAAAAUCACCCAGCCUUAUUAUCAAGGCCAGAUUUACCAGCGAGGGAGCCCUGCAGCACAAAUAUAAUUAAAUAUUGUUGGUGGUCAUUUGUUUAAACAUAUAUUUAUUAAUAAAUAUACAUCAUGGACAUUUUGACAUCUGCAGACAGACAGAAAAGACAGGUCAUAAUGCAGGACACACUUUAAUGCGCUUAUUUUAGCCGAUAUUCUGCUCGUCCUCAAAAAGUAAACUCAAAAUAAACCUUAAAUUAUAGUCUGAAUAUGAUCACUUUUUAUUUAUCUCCAAAGUUUGUGCCAUUUGAUAAAGGUCAGUUCUGCAGCUCUCCGUCCACACCGGUCAAAACACAGAGAUAUUUUCUGUUCUUUUGGCUGAUUAAACCUCAGAUUAAAGUUCAGGUUGGGGAGGAGUUACAGCAGCGAGAUGAACACAGUGCAUUCAUUAGAACAGAAGGAGGCACAGAGGAGACAUGAGGAGGAGGAACACACAAGACAGAAAAUAGAAAUUAACGUUUUUUCUUGUUCAAACCAAACAAAGAAACACAGAAAGUUGGUGCAAGUCUAAAUUACACAUUUAAAUUUGUCAACAUUUUGGAAACGUUAGAUUUGUCUGAAACAUCAGGGCUGCGUUCAGCCUCAACAACAAUUACAGUAUAUAUCAUUUUUCUUUUUUUCACCCUUGCUUUGGCAACGUAAAUGUGUUGUCCAUGCAAAUAAAGCCCCUUUAAAUAAACGUUUUUCUGGGGCUGAACGCAGCCUUGUUUUCUGCUUCAACUGGGCCUUAAACUCUGAUUGGCUGCACCAGACCCACCUCACAGCUCUGAGUCCUGAUUGGCUGCUGCUCCUGAUUAGAGGUGAGACCAACGGUUCAACCUGUAAGUCUCAAACAGGAAGCUGCAUUAGAGACGCUGUGAUGUGAGUAAAACAAACACAUUUAAAAAUUGUGAAGCUGAAAAUAUUCCGUCGGCACCAGUUUAGUUUGUUGAAAAAUCAAUUUCUUGACAGAAACAAACUGGUUCACACUCAAAGUUAAGAGUUUCUAAACCUUUUAGAGUUCUCAUCAAUGGUGUUUUUAUUUAUUCAGAAUAUAUUUCACGCAUUUUGGAUGUGAACCAGUUUGUGCAAACACCAAACUCCCUCUGUGGCUGUAACAGUUUGUCUGAUAUACUUUACGGCCACAACUAACUAUUAUUUACAUUCUCUAUUAAUCUGCCAAGUAUUUUCUCGAUUAACUGUCUUUUGAAUGUCAGAAAUAUGUGUAAAAGCAGAUUACAACAGUCCCACAGGCCGGGGUCCAGCCUUAAAAUGCCGUGUUCAUGUCCUAAAUAUAUUUAUCAUCACACAAGACAAAGAAAAGAGUAAAUCCGCUUUAGUAUUUUUCCUCUGAAAAUUUCUUGAAUCAUUUAUGGAAUAACAAAAUAGUUGCCAACUAUUUUUCUGAUGACUGGUUGUCAAAUAAUUUUAGAGUUGCUAAAAUUGAAAAUGUUAAAAUCCUACACACUCUGAAGGCUUUGAAUCUUUGGGCAGAUUGUGUCUGUAGAAUACUUCACUGUCUCCUCUGUGGCUGCAGCAGUAUGUAUGUAGUUUAAUACGCGUAUUAAUUCAUUAUCUAUCAAUCCGCCAAGUGUUUUCUUGAUUCUCUGUCUCUUGAAUGUCAGAAACAAGUGUAAAAUGCAGAUUACAACAGACCCACAAGCCACAGUCCGUCUUAAAAUGUCUGUAUCCUAAAGAUAUUUAUCAUCAUAUAAGACAACAUAAAGAGCACAUCCUCACAGGUGAGUCGUAUAUUUACUUGAAAAAUUACCUGAAGGAUUUAUGGAGCAACAAAAUAUUUUCCAAAGUCUGUCUUGCCAAAGUCAAACAUGUUAGUAUCCUGCACACAAGGACGCAGAUCGUCUCCCUGUUCUGUGUUUCAAAAUGGCCUCAGAACAACAAACGCUACCAGAAAUCAUCCCGUCUGCUCAGCAGCCUCCAGUAAACGUGACGUGAACGCAGCAGCUCUGCUCCCAGGUGGAGAUCGAUGGCGGCAGUAAAGCGGUGACACUUUCAGGGCUGCAGCUUCAUCAUGUGAUCCGGAUGUUUCUUCAUGUAGAAAACAAAGAAGUCAGAGGUCUGAGAGUUCAGGCGCUCGAUACAGCAAAGCACACAGAGAAGUUUUUUGCGUUCAUGUGCCAGCGUCACACAGGAACAUCUUUAUUUAUUUCUCCUCUUCCUUUAAAGCAGCUCAGCGUGUGCUGUGUUUAUUUAAUUUGUUGGCAGUUUGUGGGUCGCUGGCUUUAUUCUCUUGAAACAAGGACUUUCAGAGUAAAAGGUGACUGUUGUGUUUUUGGAGGCAAAAUACCAUCAAACUAUGUCAGGGUGACUGUAAGAAUGAUUCUGGUUCAUUUGUUACCACUAACAACAUCAAGGCCUUGAUGUGAGUCUCACAAAGGGAACUCAAAUUUCUUCUCUAAGGGCAUUUUAAUGUAGCAUUUUAAUCUUUUUAUCUCCGCUCCGACAGUUCCAACUUUGACCCCAGCCACACAAACCAAACCCAACAAACAAAAACUCAUUUUCACAAGGAAAAUCCACCGAAGGACGAACUUUUCUUUCACCUGUAUUCUGUAGAUUCAUCUUUUCAUGCCGCUGCUGUCGAUGUUUUCACACGUUAACCUCCAACAAACAGAAGAAUCAGCUUUUAUUUUCUCUUUUCUACCUUCCUGUUGCACUAGUGGAUGAUUCAGAGUCCUCACACAGGACACACGGAUCUGUUUGCCAGUAUAAAAAAUAAAAAAUAAAAAAAGACACCAGGUGAAACACUUUUUAUCCUCUCUGUGUUUCCAACAUGUAAAAUAAGAUUUGAUAGUUUUCAGAUGAGAUUAUUUUUGUACUCCCUUGUAGAAACUUCCCAGAAGCUCCCAUCCACUUGCAGCUGGUUGUGCACCGUGUUCAAGGGAUAGUUCGGAUAUUUUGCUGCAGGGUUGUACAGGGAACACAUCCAUAGUCAGUACAUUACAUACAGAAGAUGUCAGUCGGCACGCCCCGGUUUGGAGAAGCAGGCUAGAGUCUGACAUGGAGGCUAAGCAAAGCUGUGGACGGGGGCAACAGCAAGAUGUGUUUCAGCCACCUAAAAAACUCGUUAUCACUUAAGGGGGCGCUAUAUUGGGGGUAUUUUGAAGCCGUUAUAUCGCUCUCCUCAAAGCCAGACUCCGUUCAGAAAAUCAGUAAUUUAUCAUCACUGAACACAGGAGCUGCUGGUCUGCUACUGCCCCAAACAGUUAGCUUGUUUGGGUCCUUGUGUGACUUUGGCACUUUAAAGUUUUAGUUCAGAUUCAUCAGAGUCACACAAUAACACAAACUAUCUAACUGAUCGAAGCAGUGAUAGAAAAGCAGCUCCUGUUUCCACCGAGCUAAAAUUACUGUUUUCGUCAGUGGAGUCUGGUAACCCUUUGAAAACAGAUAUCCUGCGGACAGCAGCUGGAGAUCAUUGUUAAAUAGAUCUAAAGUGGAAACCAGAACAGCUAGAACAUUAACUUCUUUAGAAAUCUAAGGCCUCUGUGUUCUGUGUCAUCAUGUUGUACGCUCGUGAUGAUGUCAUUUCGUUACAUACGGGGCCAAACUCGCAGAAAACGCACAGAAAUGAUAAAACUAUCAAAAUGCCUUUGCACUCAUCUCAAAAAAAAUAGUCAAAAACCUCAUGGAGUGUUAAGAAAUAUAGUGUUUAUGUUUGUACAUUUAAAAAUCUUUUGGAUCGAUAUGUUUUGUGUUUUUUAUUUUGUAAAAUCUGAUGAAAAAUCAUGUCCAAUUUUUUUGACACAAUUUCAACACCUUAAACAAUUAUUAUGAUUUUUGACUUACAUAACCUUUUAACUUAGGUUGUACAGAUUCAAGGGAUGUGACACAUUUAAAGAUACUCCAUGAAAUGACAUCACGAUAAGCAAAAGUAUAAAUGUAGGGACUGGCGAAUUAUUUCUAUUGCACCAUUCAAAGGGUUAAGAGGGAUUUAUACUUGCGGCAGAGGCUACGCCAUAGCCUACACCAUUGUGUGCAUUUUAUUGUCUGUGUCACUCAGCAGUUACACCUCCAAAACACUAGAGAUUUCUUCUGCUCAUAUGAAGCCAGGAUAAAUCACACACAAGACUUAAAAUGCUAUUUUAGUGGAGGCUUUAUUGUCUUCACAAUUUAUUGUUUCUUAUCUGUGAAAUUAAAGUAAAUCAAAGCUUUGUUUCCACUGAGGGAAAUGGUUUCAGCUUACAGAGACAGACAGGAGGUCUGCGUCACCGCGACGUGUGGUUAUAUUUCUGGGGAGGUGCACGUCAGGCUACGGCGUAGGGUACAGUGUCGAUUCAACACAGAAAUAUUCUGCAUAAGUGAGAGAUUAGAUGAGGAACUGAAGCUGUUAACACCUUCCUCACUGGAGCGGGCUGUCUGACGCAACGGUAAAGUGGUGAAAAUAAUAUAAAUUUAGCAUACACUAAAAGUGAUAUUGAUUUUUUUUUAGGUGCGACUUAAAUACAUUUUGUUGCUGCCUCCAUCCACAUCAGUACAUUUCUGAACUGUGCUGGACUUCAACCUCCUUCUCCAAACUGGGGGCAUCAAGUGUAUGUGUUACCCUGACUGUGGAUAAGUACCUCAUACAGCCCCACUUCAAAUCUGAAUUAUCCCUUUAAUGUGCUGGACGGUGUCACACUGAGUGUUUCUAUUAGUUGGUCAGCUUGUUUGCGGCUCUGUGUUAAGACUGCUGACUGUAGAAGUGAAGCCACUCAGAGGCUCAGAGUCUGUUUGUGUGACGGCGUCCUCGUCACACGGCAGGUGGAGGAGCCACAGACGUGCAGCUAAAUCACAUUAAUGUGAGCUGGAAGGCCGUGAGAGAGAGAGACGAGGUCAGCCCGCUUUAAACGCCGCAGAUCAGUGAAGGCCAAAUAUGUGUAGAGAUUUAUUAAUGACAAAACUGUUGAGGAAGCACAAAACAAGUUUUAAUCAUCUGCAAGUUCAGAUCUGAGAGCAUGCGGUCAGAUAGCUGCCCGAGACAGGCCCGGCUAUGUGAGACGAGAUAACUACGGGCCAAUGUGUGGACACAAAAAUCCAAAUUUUGUUAAAGAUGUAUUCACAUUAAAGCAGAAUAUUUAGGCUAUAAUGCUUCUUUGUCCAGCACUGAAUUCUUAGGAAGGUUUCUAACUAUUUAAUAAGUUUAACAACCUGUAAUGAUCGUUACUGAUUCACCAGGUUCAAAGUGAAGAGCAGAGAUUUUGAAGCAAAUCUGAUUGAUUAUAAUUUGUAACUGUAACAGACGCAUUGCUGUUCGGGUACGAAUAAAGCAACCUGGGCAUUGGAUUACAUGUAAAGUCAAUGUAAAGACACGAUUGGACGCAAUUUAUCGUGUUGCGAUAAACACGAUGGACGCGACGCCAAUGACACGAAAUAGACAAAUGAUGCAAAUUAAGCGAGGAGCACGAUUUUGCGUUAUAUUCGUGAGAGUUAAAUAAAUCUGAACCUCAGUGACCAAUUUGUGCCGC